AUGCUGAUCACGACGCAGCUGAUCUAUGGCGGAGAUAACAACUGGCUGAAUCUUCGCACCGCUCGUCGACCCACACGGAACUUCACGCUCAUGGACUUUCAGGCUUGUGUGAGACAGCUGUGGCAGAAUGACUGGUACGACUAUCGUUGCGAGGCAUACCGAAUCGGACUCCAUUUGAUGAUGCUGAUGCAUAUCGGUACUUCAGCGCGGUCGGCUGAAUACGUGAUGAACCUGCGAUAUCGGGUCGGUCUCCUAUUCGUGUCCUCCGUGAAAGACUCGCUGACGCCUCAGGAUACCAUGUUGUAUCAGGUCUGGUUUGAAGAUCAUGCCCAGCCGCAGCUGGUGAUUGAUCUGUGUCGCAACCAUACCAAGGGACUCGCCAAUCUCCCCCGUCAACAGUGCGUGUGGCUGUGCCGAUGGCCGGAACAUCUUCUAUACGAGCUGGUCGACUUGCCCUUCUACUACAACGCUGUUGCAUUUUUCGUGGCCAGUCUCUUGGCUGUGCAAGGACUGCGAGACUUUCGAAGCUGGUCAGACGUCUGUGCAGCGUCCAAACCGCCGGAUCGUAACUUCCUCUGCUUGGUAUACACUGAAGACGUGCGUGACCGACAUGUCUUCACCCGAUACACGGAAAGUUCAGAGCGGGAGACCAAAGCCGCGACGUCGCUAGUCAACGCCCUCGGGCUUUUGGGCCAACGGACAGGCUUCCGUGAUAAGCCAACCCCGGGCGCGAUCCGACGCGAAGCACUCUUGCAAGUAGACAGACAUGGCUAUUCUAUCAACGAGAGGAUGCGCCACGCUGAUCAUCGUAACGCCAAUACGUAUGGUAGCUACUAUCAGAACGCCAUUUCCACCGUCGAUGGACAAGCAACGUAUUUUGGCCUAGAGCAACAAUCGCCACGGUUGCACGAACUCUUUCGUGGAUUUUCCAUCCGACGUGACCAUCAAUACCGGCCAGAAGUGCCUUCCCGGUUGCAGGGUCAGAUGCGCUCUGCAGAACGUGGGACGGAGGGCCGGACUGCGAUCGACCAAGCAGAAACGCCCCAGACAGCGUACAGAAAUCGUCGCAGGCUUAAAGACAAGAUUCUCCGUGAAGAUCGGCAGUCCAGGACCAGCGAAGCGGGCACUGAUCUCGUUUGUAUUUAUGAGUCCGAUUUCCAACAAGCCCGACGCCUGAUGCCAGAGCGAGAUCGACUCGCUGACACCCUCUUUGAGGUCGGAUCAUUGCGAGGAUCCCAAGGGAUCGAUCUCAUGAAUGAUCUGCCGCUAGUCAAGACUGGUGGCGCCACGUCUAUCACUGCCGCAAAGAACGGUCCGAACUUGUAG